AUGGACGGCGAUGGACAUUACACUCUGGCGAUCAGCUCCUUAAUGGACAAAAGGGAAGUUCUUAAGCGAAACCCUUCCGCAGAGAUUGUAGUAGCUCCAGCGUCCGAUCGGAAGGAAAACAACCACUACAGUGAGUACCGACGACGACUUCGAUCCUGCCUACCGAUCGUCCAUUGGCUACCAAAAUACGGCUGGAAACAUGACUUGCCGGGUGAUCUGGCGGCUGGCUGCACGGUGGCAAUGAUGCACAUUCCGGAGGGUUUGGGCUAUGCACUGGUUGCGUUUCUGCCACCAGCCGUAGGAAUUUACACGGCGUUUUUUCCCGUGCUGGUGUACUUCCUGCUAGGAACUUCGCGAUAUAAUUGUUUUGGUGCGGUUGCUGCUGUGAGUAUCCUGCUCUGUAAAUCCGUGUCUGAAUUAGCUGAUGUUGAAAAGCAUUUGGAUUCAAACAAUCCAGCUCGGAUGCAUAAUGACCCAAUCGUUGUGGCUGCAACAGUUUGCUUCGCAUGCGGCAUUAUACAGCUGGCAAUGUACGUUUGUCGACUGGGGUUCGUGUGUUAUCUACUGUCGGACGCGUUGCUGUCGGGUGUAACCGCUGGAGUUGGUGUCCAGGUACUCACAUUGAUGGUCAAAAAUCUAUUGGGUCUACCAUUCACGCCUAUUGUUGGAUACUGUUGGACGAUUCGUGCGUAUAUUGACAUACUCAAUGAGAUCGAACGAGUGAAUUUGUCAACCAUACUAAUAUCAGCAGUAACUGUAACGUUGCAACUGAUAAACGUCUAUUGCUUCAAGCCUUGGGUAGAAAAAUUUGGCAAAUUUCCUGUACCAGCUGAAAUCGUCAUUCUUGUGAUUGGAACAAUGUUAUCAAUGUUUCUGCAGCUACCGGAAAAAUACAACACUAGGACAUUAGGAACUUUCAAAUCCGGUGUCCCUGUACCAUCCCUACCGGACUUCAGCUUGCUGCCUCCGAUACUGCCAAAAGCGUUCAUGAUUGCAGUGGUGUCCUACGUGCUGUCCGUCGGAAAAGCACUUCCCACCAGCAAACGGGAAAAACAUACGAUCCACUUUAAUCAGGAACUACUAGCAAUGGGCGCAGGCAACCUGCUCGGGUGCGUUUUCUCCUGUAUGCCCACAGCUGCUUGUCCUUCCCGAUCCACCGCCCAGUACACCGCAGGAGGAAAGUCUCAACUUACAUCUAUUGUUUCUUGCCUGCUAUUGGUUCCGGUUCUGUUCUGGAUUGGACCACUACUGGCACCUCUACCGACGUGCAUUCUAUCCUCAAUCAUUUGCGUUAGCCUAGGCGGUCAACUAAAGCAGUUGAAGCAGUUUUUCCAGUUUUGGGAGCGAAACCGUGAGGAUGGUAUCGUCUGGUUAGGCAGCUUUUUAGCCAUCGUAUUGGUCAGCAUUGACGCUGGUUUGCUAGUGGGACUCGGGUUGAGUUUCCUCGCCAGCUUUUAUCGGUUCACACAUUCUCACAUCUACCAGCUACAGCAUGUUCCAAACACCAAUCUUUACAUGGAUAUGAAGCGGUUCAAAGGAACUGUUGACAUAACGGGAGUUAAGAUAUUCCAGUUCAUUGGAAGCCUGAAUUUUCUGUCGAUUCUAUUCUUGGAGCGGUACCUCACGCGUGCCUGGGCAUCGGAACUUCGGCUGAAGCUUGUGCACAUCUGCAGUGACGGGAAAGUUUACGAUAACGACAACAAAUGUGUCUGGCGCUUGCGUUACUUGGUCGUCGAUUUCAGCGAACUUCGCGAUAUAGAUAUGGCGGCCGGAAGCAAACUUCAAGCGCUGCUUGUUCAACUCGACAAGAUUAACGUUGAGGUACUGCUGGUCGUACCGGAUGGCAGUCCAAUGUAUGAACUGGUACGGAACACUCUGCCCCUGGAUGAGGCAGCAGAAAUCCGAAACGGUAAAAUAUUUACAACGGUCAACGAUGCUGUGCUGCAUGCCAGUAGUGGCAUUACCCGAGCCAGAAUUCACUUCCAUUUGCUGCCGGGAAAUUACUUUUGA